AUGGCUGCGAAUAAGACUUCAGCUAUUGCUGACCAGGAGCCCAUCGACGUCCUCUUUGCUCUGCAUCCCAAGUUUGACAUGCUCGACUUUGCAGGGCCAUUGGCUACUUUCUGCCAAGCCCAGCAUGACUUUGGCGAUGAUUCCACCAAAGCAUUUGAAGUGACUCUGGCCGGCAGUGAGCCCCAGGUUCUCUCCGCCCAGGGCCCCAUUGUGCAGUCCCAAAUCACCUUCCGGGAGGCUCAUGAUCGCCUCGAUGAGUUUGACGUUCUCGUCAUCCUCGGCGGAAACGUCGAUGAGAUCAUCCAGAAGGAGCUUGAGCCUCUUGGCCUCAUCACUGCCUUUUCCGACCUUCAGAAGAAGGAUCCGGCCAGGGAACGAACCCUCCUGUCCAUCUGCACCGGCUCACACCUGCUUGCCCGAGAGGGUAUCCUCUGCGGCCUCUCUGCCACUACCCACGCCGACUACUUUACCAAGUUUGAGAACCUCUGCAGCGAUGCUGCCACCCGACUCUUGACUGAGCGUACCGACGUCAUCGAGGAUGCCCGAUAUGUCGUCAACAACCUUCGCUUUGAGCUAGGCGAAGAUGAAAGCCCAUACACUCGCCGCGCGUCCGAUGCUGGACGACCCCACGGCCGCAAGGGAAGCAUCUCCUUCAAGGAGUCCAACACACGCCGCGAGUCAAUCGUCAGACGUGCGGCGAUGCGCCUCGGUGGUCUUCGGGUCAUCACCGCGGGGGGUCAGAGCGCUGGCAUAGAUGCAUCUUUGUAUCUUGUCAGCGCCCUGGUGGAUGAUAAGUGUGCCGAAGAGGUGGCCAGGCUCCUGCAGUGGACCUGGAACAAGGGAGUCGUCGUCGACGGCCUCGACGUGUAA